AUGCGAUGUAGAUACGCUGCAGGCUCUGAUUACCCUUUGAGUCUUUCCGAGCUCUUGAGACUAUCCAUGGCACCCAUACUGAAGUCUCUCGUGGACACACACUGCGCGUGCGUAGACACGCAUGGAAACAAACGCGGACGCGACAACGAGAAGCAUCCAUCACGAGAUCUGCCAGUCAGUAAUGGUGCUGUACGCCCGUCUGGCAGUGUAAUAUAUCAAGGACUUACUAUGCAAUCUUUACCAUUGAUAAAGUACGCCAUUGUAACCCAUUGUAAAGGAUCAUCUGAGAGUACAGAGACAUAA